AUGAAAUUCUCAAUCACAUCAGCUCUCUGCUUAACUCUCUCCAUCUUCUUGAUCGGAGCACAAGCCAAAGUCCCCGUCGACGAGCAGUUCCGAGUGGUCAACGAAGGAGGCUACACCGACUACAGUCCCAUCGAAUACAACCCUGACGUGCGUGGCUUCCAGCCUUUCAACGAUAACUUCCGUCUCUGUUUCUACAACACAACCCCAAACGCAUACACUCUCGCCCUCAGAAUCGGAAACAGAGCUCAAGAAUCCACUCUCAGAUGGGUCUGGGAAGCUAACAGAGGCUCGCCGGUCAAAGAAAACGCUACGUUGACUUUCGGCGAAGACGGAAACCUCGUCCUCGCCGAAGCCGAUGGUCGCAUGGUGUGGCAAACCAACACGGCGAACAAAGGUGCCGUGGGGAUCAAGAUCUUGGAGAAUGGCAAUAUGGUAAUAUACGACAACAAGGGGAAGUUUAUAUGGCAGAGCUUUGAUUCUCCGACAGACACUCUUCUUGUCGGACAAUCACUUAAACUCAAUGGUCGGAACAAGCUCGUAAGCAGACGGUCUCCAUCGGUUAACACAAACGGACCAUACAGUCUCGUGAUGGAAGCCAAGAAGUUAGUCUUGUACUACACGACAAACAAAACUCCGAAACCUAUCGCUUAUUACAACUACGAGUUCUUCUCCAAGAUUACUCAACUACAGUCCAUUACGUUCCAAGCCCAGGAAGAUUCCGACACCACGUGGGGUUUACACAUGGAAGGCGUCGACUCUGGGUCUAAAUUCAACGUCUCCACGUUCCUCUCGCGUCCAAAACACAAUGCCACGUUGAGUUUCAUUAGGUUGGAAUCAGACGGAAACGUUAGAGUUUGGAGUUAUAGUACCGCAGCGACUGCGACCGCUUGGGACGUGACCUACACGGCGUUUACUAACGACGAUACUGACGGUAACGACGAGUGUAGGAUCCCUGAGCAUUGCUUGAACUUUGGUUUGUGUAAGAAAGGUCAGUGUAACGCUUGUCCUAGCGACAAAGGGCUACUUGGAUGGGACGAGACUUGUAAGACUCCGAGUCUAGCAAGUUGCGAUCCCAAGACGUUUCAUUAUUUCAAGAUCGAAGGAGCUGAUAGUUUCAUGACUAAGUAUAACGGUGGUUCCUCGGCAACGGAGAAAGCGUGUGGAGCCAAGUGCACAAGGGAUUUUGAGCUGACUUCGAUCAUUUAUGAGUGUGAGCUAGGCAUGGGCGUUCAGGUGUUCGGGUCGGGUUGGACCGGUUUUUUCGGGUACGGAUCUUUCGGGUGCUAA